AUGUCCUAUUCGUUUGCACCAAGCGAAUUAGAAGCUGUCGUGGAGAGUUUGGUGCCCGAUGCGAAGAUAUGGACAGCGGGGAACGGUGGAUUGGACGGCAGCGAUGACGGAACUCCAGGUCCAGCCCAUGCUCUCCACUGGGUGUCCAAUAGGACUCAAGGGGCCGACACACUAGCCUCAGAAAGCACUAGCGUGACGCCUCACCACCUUCCUGUUCGUUUCACGGGCAAUGGCAGAGCCAACCCCCAGAGUGCACGAUUUACCGCCCUCGAUCGUCUUGGAAUGCUGGGCGAAAAUCUAGUAGAAAAGGUCUGCUGGAGCCUGGUGCGGUACUGGGCACUGCUGGGACCCAACACACACCUCCCAUCGGUAGCAGCUGAUUUGCGCACAACUCGUGCACUACGAAGGCGACAGCUGCUAAUGAACGUCUUGAAGCCAGACGAUAUGGAACGCAUCCGAAGCGUGGGGAGCAGGAGCACCGACCAAGUGCGCAUUCUCAUUAGCAUCGACAAGGCCAGCGAGAUAGUGGCACCCUUUGCGUACAAGUUCAUGAAGACGGUUGGACAGGUAGCAUCGUAA